CGUGGUAUUACCGGAGGACAUCAGAUGAAUUAUGUAGGCUACAGUGAGUGUUGUGCAGAUGCAGGGCUCCGCGCUGGUCGUCGAGCAGAUUACAGUGACCCCCCGCGGCGGCUGCGCUUGCGGGAAAUUACUGGGCGCCCUCCUCAACGGAUUUUACAACCGCUGCCUUUGGGAGUUUUUUUUUUUCCACAGUCAUGUGAUUGUAACGUAACCCGACCGGAAAACACCGACGACUGGCGUCGCCGCCGCCAACGCUGCGUGUGUGUGUCUGUGUGUUGGUGUGUAUGUGUGUGUUGCGAGGAAACAGAGCAGCAGCAGCUGCGAGCCCAACGGACUAGUAAACCGGUUCGCGAACAACGCGUCAAACUCCACGGAUUACGGCGGGAGUUGAAAAGGCUGAAGCAUGGAGUUGGCCAACCAUGGUCUAAUCCUCCUCCAGCAGCUCAACGCUCAGAGGGAGUUCGGCUUCCUGUGUGACUGCACCGUGGCCAUCGGCGAUGUGUUCUUCAAAGCCCACAAGGCCGUGCUGGCCGCCUUCUCAAACUACUUCCGCACACUCUUCAUUCACCAGGACAGCGACUGCGUUCGCCUCAAGGCGGCGGACAUCCAGCCGGACAUCUUCAGCUACCUCCUGAACCUGAUGUACACGGGCCGGCUCGCGCCCCAGCUCAUCGACCCCGCGCGCCUGGAGCAGGGAGUCAAGUUCCUGCACGCCUACCCUCUGCUGCAGGAGGCCAGCCAGUCGGUGUACGCCCACCCCGAGUCCAACCUCUCCCUCUCCACGUCGCUCUACGGCAUCCAGAUCUCCGACCAGCAGGCGGGGCUGUCUGCCCGACUGCCGGCCGGCCGCGAGCUCUCCUCCCCCAUGGACCUGGAGCCGCUGGGCGCCGACCGGAGGAACAUGUCCACGCCCGCGCUCCUCCCCUCCUACGCCAACUCCCUGGCGCCCAAGCGGGCCUCCUCGCCCCCGCAGGCGGAGCCCUCCACCAGCGGCAUGCAGACCCCGGCCGAGGAGCAGCACAGGGGGGGCUCGCUGGCGGCGGCGGCGGAGACGUCGUCCUCGGUCAACGCCAUCCUGCACGUGAAGCCCAGCAUCAUGAAGCGCAGCGCCUCCUUCCGGAAGCACUACACCUGCCACCUGUGCGGCUACCGCUUCAACCAGCGGAGCCUGCUGCGGGAGCACCUGCUGCAGCACACCCAGGCCCUGCAGUACUCCCUCUCCGAGCCCAGCGACGGCCUGUCGCACGCCGAGCAGGCCGCGGAGCACGCCGCGGCGGCCGAGGCGGAGGAACUCUCCAGGGGGGGAAGCCGGGGUGGGGCGGGCCACUCGGGGACGGGCCACUCGGGCGGGGCGCUGGAGGUCCUCAGCGACGGCGAGCAGAUGCACGCGUCCGGCGCCAACUCGGACUCGCCCCGGGCGGAGGUGUCCACCUCCAGCUGGGGGGCGGCCGGGUCCCAGUCCCAGGCCGACACCCCGCCGCCCUCCGACAUCGCCGACAUCGACAACCUGGAGAGCGCCGACCUGGACCGCGAGGUGAAGCGGCGCAAGUACGAGUGCGCCACCUGCGGCCGCAAGUUCAUCCAGAAGAGCCACUGGCGCGAGCACAUGUACAUCCACACGGGCAAGCCCUUCAAGUGCAGCGCCUGCGGCAAGAGCUUCUGCCGCGCCAACCAGGCGGCGCGCCACGUGUGCCUGAACCAGGGGGCCGACACGUACACUAUGGUGGACCGGCAGAGCAUGGAGCUGUGCGCUGCGGGCGAGGACAGCAGCCAGAUGGAGGCUCUGUUCAUGGGCUCGGCCCGGCCCUACAAGUGCAACAUUUGCGAGACGACCUUCUCCAGCCCCAACGAGGUGAUCAAGCACCUGUGCUUCAGCCAGGGGGCGCUGGCGGGUCUGCAGGGCGCGGGCUCCCCAGGUGCCAGCCUGCUCCACAGGGAGGAGUUCCCCGGAGCGGAGGGCUCGGAUUUAGCCAACGCUGGCGGGAAGACGCUGGCCCCCGUAAAAACUGAGGAGAUCCUCGUAGAAUAGUGCCAAAGAUUUCCGUUUUUUUUUUUUCGGUCAAUUGUGGUUAUUAGGGAACUAACUGACGGUCGAGUUAUGUGGGCUGUGUUUAGAAGUUGCUCUAUAAUUUCGAUAUCAGAAAGUGAAUUCCCGCUACAAUAUCCAGGAAACUCUAGGUUCUGCUGUAGGUGACAGAAACGCAUAACGUUCAAAUUAAUUUCUUAGCAGCCGUUAAUCUAUGGUUAUGUUCUCACCCUAACACAUAAAGUCUCUGUCAGAAACAAAAAUCACAGAGGCGAGGGAAUCUGCCUUUGUAAAUCAACAGAUUUACCCACUAGCUGUGGGCUAAGCUAUAUGGGGCAGGCUGGAAAAGAAAGAAGAAGUAGGCCGUUCCGGGGGCCGCAGCAAGCAGGGUGCUGAGCCAGGGGCCCCGGGGGUAGCGGGAGCGAGUCUAGGGCUCACUAUUGGUGGUCGCCUGGGUUAGAGUUACCCACUUUUCAGCUAGUUUCUUCAAGAGCCAAAGAGAGCCUGGUUACUCAUCAGAGCAGCCGUAACCAGGCUAGCUAGUUACACAACAUGUGUUCCAGUUCAAUCUCAGCCAUAUGCUGGGAAAUACUUGCAUCUUCCUCUUUUCGUUUUUCGAGGAAGGGGCCCAAAUGCCUUCGGCCCUUGACCGAUGUUGAUGCUGACGAUAGCACAACAAUGCACAUCGUCACCCGAUGGAAGUGCACCGCGAGGAAGCUUGAAGCUAUUUUUUUAUUUUUUUUUUAGGUGCAAACAUUGUAUUGUAUGAUUAUGUUUACAGUUGUGCCACUUUGAUACUGUUUAUUUUUUGUUUAUUAUUUUUUUACAAUACCAUCGUUUGAUUAUGCGUCACGUGGAUCACAAGGUUGCAUUGACAUGUUGACACAUGCGCAAACUUACCUAGAAGGGAGAUGCUGGUCCUUUGCCGUAAUGUCCAGGAUUUCAAUUAAACGUGUCACAAGUUGUCGAGGAAAACCCAUUUGUUUCAGUUCAAUGUGCUUUUCUAAUUUUUAUAUACCGUCUUGUAUUUACAAAGAAAAUGUUAUAUUACAAGAGUUGUAUAUCUGUAGGCAAAUAGGUUUUUAUGUAGAGGAGAUUAUUUGAAAUAGUUAAUAUAAAUGUAUUGGGGACGGGCAUGAUGAAUUGGUUUUGAGAUUCAUUGCAAUGGAAGGAAACCCAAACAUUUUGACUGUACUGCUUGAAUAUUUUCACUGAUGCUUCCAUGCAAAAAUGUGUACAUUUAUUUACUCUCUUUUUGUUUGUUUAUGUUCUGCUCAUUAUAUUGUGGCCAUUCGCUAAUCCUUAAUUGCGUUCAACCGUGUUUAAUUGGUGCAAAGUCAAAGUUAUAUCUAAAAUGAAUUUGGAACCUGUUAACAUUACACAGAGCACACGCAUCACGCAAUAUGUGGAUGCAUUUAUAAACUGCUUUUAAAAACGGUGUGAAACGGGCUAAUGCAGAGGUGUACAAUAUUGACUAGUGUUUCACUGUAUGAUGCAUAAUCAUUUUACGUUGUUUGCGUUUUCACCAGUGCCAUAUCGUUGACUAAUCUCCUGCUAAAUAUAAAUAUAACGAAGAGACCGCCUGCCUGUCCUGAGUGUGUACAGAGAAGUCAUGCAGAAGGGUCAGGGAACGCUUUGACAUACUACUGAUUCGUGCAAGUUGGGAAAUAUAUUUUACACUCUCAGCAAUGUGAAAAAGAAAUGUACCUCCAAACACAUUCAGCAAUGCUUCGAGAUGCGCAGACAAACAUCAUUAUUACCGUUAUGUGUGCGUGUUGCAAAACAGCACAAAUGAAAGCCCCGCUAUUUGUAUAACAAUUCAGACAUUUAUUAGGAAAGCCCUUCCAUGUUUAUUUAGUGUUUUUUCCAAAUGUAUUGCUUUUCUGGUUUGAAACACGUUUUAUUUUACGUAUAGGCUACUCAUAUCAAAUAUAUUUCUUUGCGGCUGAAAGGCCUCCCGUUAAUUGGUACACAGGAGAGCGUCCUUGUUGUUACCCAUGUGGCCGCUAGUGGGCGCCACCGCCACCCUUGUGAUGGACGCAAGGAAGGGAUGAUAUCAAUACAGUUACUUGGUUCGUCUUUGGCGGGGAGCGGCUUUUGUAAUCCCCUGUUUCACCACCAAGUCUCGUUUUUUGAGGGGGUGUUAUUCUCUUCCCACUCUAAGCUCUUAUUGUGAGAAUGCUAUACUACUGAUCAUUCAGAAAGACGCAUCACGCACCCUUCCAUAGUUACCGGAGCUUAGUGUUCAACCACAUCAGUCUUAUAACCCAAGCGAUCUCUCAUCUGAGUCUGAGCUUUUUGUUACGUAGGCCUGAUGAGGACGAUUUAUUUUGUUUUUAUAGUUUCUCGAAGUGUUUCCAAACAGCAACGUUUCAGGUCAAACUUCGGGGGGCCCCUGCCGCCCGUGAUAGGCCUACUUGAUACUCCUGUGACUACUGUGAUAAAUAAGGUUCUCAGGAACGCGAGUCAUUUUCUGUGUUAACAAAUUGUCUUACUAUGAACAAUAAAAACUGUGCUUUUUUUUAUAUACAUAAAGGAUUGUCAUCUUUCAAAUGCGAGUUCUACAGUUUCAGACAGACGGAUUCAUCAUUAUCACUAAACAAUGUUGAUUGAUUCUCCAAAAAUGUUUUCCAUUAGUUCUACAGUCGGCCUUAAUGGAUUUUUAUCUUCAAUUAUGUUUUAUUCAAAGGGAAAACAGACACAUUGAAACAAGACAUUUAUGACUAGCUUUAUUUGGAAUGGAAUAUAGACAGGUUUCUGCAUCUUUACUAUUAACAGCUUAGAAAAUAUAAAACACAAUUAAGACCAUGCUACAUGUAUAUUAUGCUAAAUGUGAAUGGUUAUUUGUUAUAACAUGACUCUUUAGGUACACAGGUAUACAAUCUGUACAAAAUGGCGCCGGGUUCACAGUUAACAGUGUUACAAAACGUCUGGGAGGCCCGCAACCGAAAGCGUGAGGGCUAGGAGCGGAACUAUUCUUCUCAUGUUUUGUCACUUAGGCUCUUUUUUAUGAUUAGUGUUUUUUUUUUUUACACGAAGCGACUAUGGAUUCCGUGGCACCCAUAGAAAGAUAUUCUGAAGUUAUUGGUUUUAAAUUAACUCAUGUUCUGUCGAGAUAUGGCGCGCUAGCUGCCGUUUUGACGUCACACACGGAUCACGGAGGGGACUCGUUUGUGGUACAUUUGGUCAGACACGACUAAAAUAAUCUUUAGGGGGGGGAUUGGGAUAUUUGGUUUGGCUGUUUAAGAUUGGGCCCCUACUCCGAUGCAGCAAACAUUCCCAUGACCCCACAACGUCAAAUGUUCAAUGGCUGCCUCCACACUCUUCCACACAUAUUCAAUGAUUCAAUGAAAGCAUGUUCGAUGAGGGAACUAGGGUGUUUCAUUAAACGAAAUGGAUGUACAGUUGAUAUUAAUUGUGGCGAUUAUUGGUCAGAAAAAUAUUAUUUUUUACGCAUAAAUUUGAAAACACAUAUGCAUGGAUUGUGUAGUACUCGCAGUAGGCACCAGAGGGCGCACUCACACCUCCAUCUGAACAUUGUCUUGACUUCAGCGCUACUAACUCACGGGACUCAGAUGACAUGCGUUUCUGUCACAUGCACACCUAUUAGAACCUCUUUAAUAGGUCCAUGAUUAGAACUAGUUCAGUGUCGUUAAUUGGUUUAAGUGUGCCGUAAAGCAUUGCUGUUUUUCUCUUAGCAUAAUGAAAAACAUUUAGUGGCUUUGUUACCUUUAAAUGACACUCAAAGGCAUAUUUUCACACAUAAUUUAGCUAUUUUUUUGUACAGAUAAUCAGGCAGUGAUAGUGAGCAUUUUGGCAAUGGGGAGAUUUACAAAUACAGUAGAACAUUAGUCAAACGUAGUGCGUUUUACUUUCUAUGAUAUAUGAGCCACUGUCAGUAAAAUCAUAUGUACCUUUAUUUAGUGUUAAGCUAUACACAAAUCUUAAAUGUUUCUUAAAGACGGACUAAUACAAUGACAA